AUGAACCAACACGGGCAGCGACAACAGCCCACGUUUCAAGACGAGGCAGUGUUCUGGUAUAGGUCACUACCGCCAGUAACAAAGUUUUUAUUCACUACUUUUGUGGUCGAAGUCUUCAUUGGGACAAUACUUUUGUCUCCCUGGUAUUUGAUAUUCAUACCAGAGAAUGUGCUAAAGAUACGAUAUCCCGAAGUCUGGAGACUGUUUACAGCAUUCUUCUUCCAAAAAUUUGGAUUGAAUUUUGCUUUUCAGCUAUACUUUCUGUAUAGAUAUUCAUUCGAUCUCGAAACGUCGAAAUUUGCAGGACGCCCCGCCGAUUAUGUGUUCUUCCUUCUGUUUGAGGCCGGAUUGAUACUUAUACUCGCCGGAUUCAUGAUAUCAGCCGGUUUUGAUAGACUACUUUUACUUAACGCCUCGUUGAUAAUGGCAAUUGUAUACACGUGGUCACAAUAUAACAGAAACACGAUGGUCGCAUUGUUCUUUGGUCUGAGAUUCAAGGCACCGUACUUCCCUGCCGUUCUUCUUUUAUACGAAUUUCUGGUUCUCCAGGGUCAAGUACCCUGGGAUAUGGUCCUUGGCAUAGUAACCGGUUACAUUUACCAUUGGCUUAAGGAAGAGUAUCCUGCAACUGGGGGUCGCCUAUGGCUAACCACACCACGUAUAUUGUACAGAUUCUUUCCGAGUGCAAGUUCGACAUAUAGUCGACCAUACGUUCGUUACAUCAUGGCUAUUACUCCAAUCAUCGGUAAACUAAAGAAAACAGCUAUUCUGGAUAUUUCUAUCGGUCUUGGUCUUGGAAUCGCUGGCGGUUAUGCAUUCUGGUAUGGUUACCAUGUACCGUCGGUCAAGAGACGAGAGGAGUUUAAGCUCAAGCUCAAACAGCAAUAA